AUGGACGAUGAGGCCCGCGCGGAGCUGCAGCAGUUAUUAGACGCGGUCAACGGCCCGCAGCCGUGCGGGUACUGGUGGGCCGCGCGCCUUGUGCGCUCGCUCGUGCUCGCGCUUAACCAGUUCCGCGUGAAGGCGCAGCGGGCUGCGCGCGCGCACGCGCACAGGCGGGGGGCGCACGGGGACGCGGGAGGGGCGAGCGAAAAAGGGGUGGGAGAAAGGGGGAGGAGAAAGGGGGAGGAGGAAGGGGAGGAGCUGUUGCUAUUCGGGCCUGGGCUGGUUUCAGACGCCUCUUCGCUUGAUAGCAGCCUGCAGGCUGUUGUUUCUGCAGGUGAGGAGAACGGGGGGAAAGGGGGAGGCAAGGGAGAGGAGGGAGUGGCGGUCGGACGGGGAAAGGAAUGGAGGAAAGGGAGGGAGGAAAGGGAGGGAGAAACUCGAGCGUUAAUCCAGAGGGCAGGUCCCGACAACUUCCUGCCGCCCGACCUGCUCAAAUCCGAAUCCGAGGGCGAAUCUGACAUAUGGGUAGUAGGCGCGCUCGCCUUCCUGCUGCUCUCCGGCCGCCCGCCCUACGACGUGGGAGCGCCGUCCCUCGCGCUGUGCAUUGCGCGCGAGGAGGGCUUUCUGGACCUGUUUUCGCCUCCCUGGGACGCCGUGCCGCUGCCUGCGCGGCACCUGCUGGCCCGACUGCUCCGGCACGACUCGGCCAAGCGAGCCACGCCCAACGAAGUCCUCAGAAACGAAUGGCUCGUUCAGACUUGCGCCAUUCCCGCCCCUCCACCUGCAGCAGCAGCAGGCUUGGCAGCAGGUUUGGCAGCAGCAGGCUCGGGGGCAGCAGAGAUCCCGUCCUCCCUAUCCGCAUCACAAGCUCCCACUGACACUGCAAGAACAGGCAAUGUAGAGAGCAGCACCAUCAGUGGAGAGGCGGAGGUGGUGGGAGAUGGGAAAGGGGAAACACAGGGAUAUGGAACGUCUGGUAUGCCGGACAGACAGUCUGGCACUGCCGCUGUUUCUGGUGCUGGCGGCGCUGCUGCUGCUGCUGCUGCUGCUGCUGCUUCUGCUGUUGCUGCCUCUGCUGCUGGUUCUACUGCUGUUUCUGGCAAUGAUAGCAGCGUUGGUAGUGGUGGGUUGGCAAACUCUCGCUCCCACUUCCCCUCCCACUCCCCUCCCCGCUCCCCUCCCCGCUCCCCUCCCCUCUCCCCUCCACGCUCCAUCCCUGGCCAAUUCUCCACCCUACCUGCCCGUUCCUCUUCUCCCCACAACCAACCCCCCCACGUCCUGCCGCCAUCCAGCCCGCCGUCUCUCUCCCCCUCGCGUUUCCGCCUCUCAGCAACCGAAAACCACCUGCCUUUCAGCCCCACCCGCCCCCCUCUUCCUUCCUCCUCGCCAGUCUCCUCCCCUUCGUCCCUCUCCAACUCCAGAAAGAGCCCCACAGGAAGGGAUAGGCUUGCCCCUUCUGCUGCCAGGCCGCCAAGAAUGGGGGGGGGAGGGGCCGGGGGAGGAGGUGGGGGUGCGCAUGAGAUGGGCUCGCUUUCUAGCAGGCUGCAUGUUAGCAGCAGUAGCAGUAGCGGCGGCGGCGGCGGCACAGGAAAGGCGCCUCCUCCUUAUGCUCGCAAAGGGGUCCGGUUUCAAGAUCUAGAGGAGAUGGGGCGAGGGGAGGGGAAGGAGGAGGAGGGGAGUAGAGGUGGAGGGAAGGGUGCGGGAGAAAGGAGGGGGGAAGAGGAGGAGGAAGAGGAGGAGGAUGAUGGAGAGUUCUGUGAGGUGAAGGGUGCAGAGGUAUCGUCAGAUUACAUGGCGGCCUUGGCCUCGGCUAGUGCGAGGGUUGAUAGGCAGCUAUUGCAAUCCCUGAGAGGCAAGCCAAAAGGGUUUCCAGGAAACAAGGUGCUGGGAGGGGGGAUAGGGGGAGGAGGAGGUGGAGCAGUAGGGGGAGGGUUUGGUGGAGGAAGGUUAGGUGGAGGAGAGGGGGGAGAAACGCUAAGAAAAGAAGCUGGUGCAGCAGGAGGUGUUGGGGAUUUGGGGGGAGGAGAAGUUGUGGAGGUGAACAGUGGUGCAGGGGGGGCGGGAACAGGAGGAGGGCUGGACCAGGAAUUGGAGCCACAGCAGCAGCAGCAGCAGCAGCAGCAGGAGGGGGAGAAGGAGAGUGAUGUUUGUGACGUGGCUGAAUUGGUGCCGCUGGUAUCGGUGGGUGAUCACACAGUCGACAACCUCCUAGGGGACUUUGCGGCUGAGUUGGCAGCAGAAGAUUUCCAACACAAGAAUGAGGCAACAGUGGGUGGCUCAGAGCGGAUACCAGCAGCAGAGCAUCAAGCAGGCAGCAGUGAAAGCUACGACGCGCGCUCACGAGUGCAGAGCGGUGGCAGAAACAGCAGAGCAGGCAGCAGAGUAGGGAGCGGGACAAGCAGCGGAUUUUCUCUAGGCGAUGGUGAUGCGACUCGUGGGGGCGGUGGUGGUGGUGGUGGUGGUGCGUUUUCUCUAGAUAACUGGGAUGCAGGCCUUGAUCUGAAUGAGUUGCAAGGAUUAGGGGGAGGAGGAGGAAGAGGAGGAGGAGAACCCCACCUAGGGACAGAACCCGAUGGCAGCAGUUCUGAAGCAACAGGGCCAGGCCGGAGGAGACGAGACAUGCGAGGAGGGGGAGGGGGAGGGGUAGGGGGAGGGGGAGGGGAGGGGGAGGGGGAGGAGGGGGGGGGGGAGGAUUGGGAGAAGCUGUAG